AUGUUCCAGCUUAUUACUCGUUCACUUACAUUGCCAACGAGUUCAUUGGUCCGCCUUCACUCUUCCGCUGCUGCUUCCUCCCAAUUCCUCAAUAACUUUAUGUCUUCCACAGAAAAAGGUCCCGUUCAGACCGCCAUUGAACAAAAGAUUACAGACGCAUUACAACCUUCCGUUUUGCAAACGAUAAACGAAUCGCAUUUACAUGCUCACCAUGUUGCAAUGAAGGGCAAUACCAACAAAGAAACCCACUUUCGAGUGACCGUGGUUUCCGAACAAUUCCAGGGCAAGUCUUUGAUGCAACGCCACCGCAUGAUUUACGGUCUUUUGAGUGACGAACUGAACCAAGGAUUACACGCGCUUUCCUUGAAGACCAAGACGCCCGCCGAAUUGGAGAAAGCAAAAUAA